AUGACCGAACUAUCAGACUCUAAUGAAGUCCUUUACACCGUCCUCAAAACCACCAUCUAUAAGGCACCGAUUCAAGCCGCUGCCGUCACGAGUGAUUCACAAUCAAGUCAAGUGCCAUAUCCUCAUCAUCUCAACCUCAGCGUCAUGGUGGAGGCUACUUUACCACUCAAUGUACCAAUAGAAGAAUGCGAGGUCCUUCCUGCACCUGAUCAUAUGGUACAGCUCGGGGUUCAAAUCAAACACGCCCGCGUUUUGCUUAAGCCCUACGAAGGUCUGGUGACCCCUCUGAUGACAGUCCUCAUCAGCGUUUUGAGCAAGUAUGGCCGAGACGGGCGCGCGUGCUUUGAAAAGGUAGAAGAGCAGGUGUGCAAACCGGGCAGCAAAGAUUAUUCGAGUGUCGGAUUACAAAUUUCACCGUUGGACGAACCAACCAGGCGUCGGUUUGCAUCAGGAAAACCCAUCGCAUAUCUCAAACGUGCACAGAUUUUGAUAACUUUUUCGGGAUCGAGCCUCUCAAACCUUGAGACCCACUUGGCCACUUCUCCGCUAGGAAGACCGUUAGCGGUCUCUCUGCAAAGAGUUACUGAGCAAAUGCUAGCACGGGGAUUUUUGAAACACUGGCCAUUUGUUUUUAAUCGGAUAUGGAGAGAAGGUUGGCCAAUUCAAGACUCGAUUUCCAACUCACUACAUCAAUUGGCCAGUCGCAGUCGAAACCCAACCUUGCUGGCUAGAUUGCACGAUCUCAGAGAGACUUCUGAUACACGGCCACUCGUAGAGGUACUGAGUCAAAAGCUUUUUGACCUCCACAAGUCUCUUGAAAAACCGAUCAUCAUCAUUCCGCAAGCCCGUCGAUCACCUGAACUUGAUUUCUCUGAUCUUGAAGAAAACGACGAACCAGACGGUAAAAGUGAAAAGCCAAUGCAGAUCAAAGUUGAAAACACUCAUGACGACAACGUCCUUGAGUUAGAUAGUGAAAUUGAAGAAAUCUUAGACUGCAACUCGCAAGGCAGCUUGUCUAUCUGUAGUAUGGGCUCAUCCUCCUUGUCUCUUCUGGAUCAGCAUUGUUCAGACAAUGGAUCCGACGACUCGUUGCUUGGUUAA